GCUCUCCUCCGCGCGUAAUGCGGACCUUCUCCUGCUUGGGACACCGAAGAGACAUCAACAUCGGGGAACGGCCAACGAGCGGCUCAGUUCAUGGAUGGUCGGAAAUUUAAAAAGGAAGUAAUUUCUUAUCCUCGAAGAUUGAUACUAGCCUCGGACGUACUUCUACUAUUUUGCGCGUAGUUUUCAAAGUGAACAAGAAUGUUACUGAGCAGUGCAUUCACCUCUGGAUGCCCGUGGCUGAAACGGAUGGCCACAUUACUUCACAUGGUUCUGAUCCUGCAGCUGGCGGUGUGGGAGACGACAGAGGCCAUCCACCCAGACUGUGCUCUGGUGGUUCAGCACAUGAAGGCUCAAGAAGAGUGCAACCAGAUCCUCAAACAGGAGGAGAACAACCACUCUACCAGGACAGGUUGUCCGACAGCGUGGGAUGACAUCCGUUGCUGGUAUCGUGCUGAGGUGGGACAGGUGGUCAGCGUCUCGUGUGCCAAUGUCUCCCAGCUGUUUGCUAAUAACCAAGGUUACAUCUACAGGAACUGCACUGAGAAUGGAUGGUCCGAGCUCUACCCCUCCUAUGAGGAGGCCUGCGAGUUCACAGAAUACGAAGUGACAGAACCAGAGACAUCUUACUUCUCCAACUUCAAACAGGUGUACACCGCUGGCUACGCUACCUCCCUCAUCUCUCUGAUAUCGGCUAUUUUUGUCUUCACUGUGUUCAGGAAGUUUCACUGCACCAGGAAUUACAUCCACAUCAACCUGUUCUUCUCCUUCAUCCUGAGAGCGAGCGCUGUCUUCAUCAAAGAUGCUGUUCUUUUUUCUGAUGAAAACCUGGACCACUGCUUCAUGUCUACUACAUCCUGUAAAUCAGCCGUGGCCUUCUUCCAGUUCAGUAUCCUGGCCAACUAUUUCUGGCUGCUGGUGGAGGGAAUGUACCUGCAGACUCUGCUUGCUCUCACCUUUGUCUUCCAGAAGAAAUACUUCUGGUGGUACAUACUCAUCGGCUGGGGUCUUCCUACAACAAUCAUAACAGCGUGGAUCCUCACUCGAAACUUCUACGAUAACAAGGGGUGCUGGGAUGACACAGAUGUGGCCUUCAUCUGGUGGAUCAUAAAAGCUCCAAUAACUGCGUCACUACUGGUGAACUUCAUCAUCUUCAUCAAUGUAAUCCGCAUUCUGGUCCAGAAGCUGAGAUCUCCUGGUGUCGGUGGCAACGACACCAGUCACUUCAAGAGGCUGGCCAAAUCCACCCUGCUUCUCAUCCCUCUGUUUGGGAUGCACUACAUGGUGUUUGCCUUCCUGCCAGAAAACACAGGAGCAGAGGCCCGAAUCUUCAUAGAACUCGGCCUGGGAUCCUUUCAGGGAUCUGUUGUGGCCCUGCUCUACUGUUUCUUGAAUGGUGAGGUGCAGGCAGAACUGAAGAAGAGGUUUUGGUUUUGGCAGACUCAGAGCUACCUGAGCUACAGUAAAAGACGACGUACCUUGUUCACUGAAAGCAGCACGGUCACUCAGAUCUCUGUCCUGGACAAAUCCAGCCCCAAAGACCAGCCGGCCUCAGAGACACACACCCUCACACCCAGCAACGUCUCUGCCGUCUGAGGAACGUAAGCUGGUGUUCACGUCUUGUGUUACAACACCUGCUCAGCACUGGGACGGCGUCCUGAGCAAUUGACUAAACCACAGAGCCUGAUUGUUGAAUGUUAAAGGUACCUCUUAACUUUGUACGGUACGAAUUCCCACAUGGGCCUCCAAACUUAAGUAUUUUUAUUCAAAGUAUCCCACACAACAUUCCCUCAUGAUAUUUAUCAUUUUCAGCUCCCAGGCGUCAGACAGAGAGGCCACAUCUUCUGUUACCUUAUUUAUUUGUCAUAGGCAGGAUUUAGCUGUGGGGUCCCUCCUCCACAUCUUAGUCACAACCACCACAUCAUUUCUCCCCUUCUACAAACACACCAACAAGUGCACCAUGUAUGUGGCUUAAAAACGUUGUCCUUUAACUUAUUUUAUUACAUGUAACAAAUUAAAAAUCAACCAUAUUAUACUACUACGACAAUAUAUUAUAUAAGUAACAAUAAUGACGAGUAGUUUUUUCUUUUACAGCUCCUCUGACUACUGCUGGUUUAAGUCUCAGCUGCUCUGUUUUGCACUGUCAUGUUUUUGUUCACAUGCUAAAUCAUUCAUAAGUGAAAAUGGGCACCAACAAAAUAAUUUUUUCCUUUACUGUGGUCUCAAGUAGCCACAAGAUGGACAAUAGUCAGAAGGAGUAGGAGCAGGAGAGGACAAACACACGUUUCUUGCAGCUGUGAGGUCAGUUAGUGGGGAUUUUAUAACAUUUUCAAUUUUUUAGGGUAAAAGUACCCCCACCUCUGCAUCACGUGAGGUCGUUUUUCAAGCAUUUUUUGUAAGUACAAAGUCAGCAGCUGAUUAGGUUUAUCUACUAGGUUGUCCAGUUUGCAAAUGCCACAGGCCCUAAAGGACAUGCUGUUCACACUCCUCGAUUCGGCUGAUCUGUAUUUAUUUUUUAUACUUUUUCCUGAUAGAAUUGUUCCAUUCAUUACAGUCUAGACUUCUCUCACAGUGAUGUUCAUGUUAUUCUUGCUCUAACUCAUUCAGUGCCACUGGCCCUAUGACUGCUGGGCACUACACUAUCAUUCUUCUAGUUCUUAUAAUAUGAAACUUACAUCAUUUAAUAGAACAUGCCCAUGUUACCAUCAGUGGCUCUGCAUGCAACAUGUUGCACAGUGCACUAGCGCACAUCUGGAGCACUAGACUGUAAAAGCUAUUUAUUUGUGAGAUUAUUGUUUUUAAUGCCUUUGUGUCAAUGUAAAUAGACCUGAACUAGAGUUUACAUGUAUUUUAUGGCAACAGUGCAACAGAUUUCUAAAACAUAUUUA